AGACUGUAUCAGACUAUCAGUCGGUGUAAAUUCAGGGAAAGGAAAAAUGGAGCGGUAGAGUUCGGUAGAAAAGUGAACUAUUUGUUUGUACACUUGGAUGUGGCCGGAGUUUGCCGCGAAAAGAGCAAUUCGGAGAUGCUCGUCAUCUCCUCCCACUCCUCCUCCAUCUGAUUCUAAGCCCCUUCCCUUCUGCGACAGAACCCUAGAUUAGAAGACUCACUGAAAAUGGAGGAUCGCCGGAGCAUCAUCGAGAGGGAGCUGCAGCAGAUCGAGCAGAUUCGGGAGCUCGAUUACGAGGAGCUGCAGGUCGAGGAGGUUGAGGACCUCCUCGACUCAGACGACGAUAACGACAAUCGCCUCACAACGUAUGGUCAAGCUUAUGAUGCUGGAGCUCGUCCUGGUGAAUUGACGUUCAACACUAGUUUGGCUUCGUUGCAUACGUAUCUUGGUGAGGUUGAAGACACUCAUAACAGAUUGGCGUUCUUGGAUGGGGGUGCUGUGCAUCACUUACCUCUGUUCUAUUUUGAAGGAGUUGUUCUGUUCCCUGGGGCCACGCUACCACUACGAGUUGUUCAACCAAAUUUGUUAGCUACUAUUGAGAGAGCAUUGGGCCAAAUAGAUCAAGGCGCUCCUCUUACUAUUGGUGUGGUUCGCAUAUACCGUGAUCCAGAUGAUGGAAGAGUAAGAUUUGCCACGACCGGGACAACUGCAGAGAUUCGACAAUAUAGGCGACUAGAGGAUGGUUCACUGAAUGCUGUCACUCGGGGUCAACAGAGAUUCCGUCUAAAGCGCUGUUGGAUAGAUGUUGAAGGAGUGGUUAGACUAACUGCAUGUGGAGAGGUCCAGAUAAUCGAGGAAGAUUUGCCUCUGAGGACUCCGAAGGAUGUUUUUGAUAGGCUAGCUCCAUUGAAUGGUCUGGCAAACAUUGGGAUCUCUGGAAGUCUUCCUUCAGGCGCUUCUCACGUUAGAAGGCAUGGAUACCAAGAUGAAGAUGAUGACUCUGAGGCACAUUCAGAAGAUAGCUUCCAGAGUGCACUUUCUCCAUCUGAGCAUAGAUUGCAUCGAUCUGCUGUUGAUUCUUUAUCUGGAUAUGAGUUCAUGGAUGAAUCAACAAGCAGUGAUGAAGAUAAGUUUGCUUGUGAAUCCGAAUUCCAAUCUGGAAGAUCUCUUCCCAGUACAUUUGGCUCCAGUCAUAUUCCGAAUUUAGAUGAUGAUAGAAUGGAAGAUGCUGAAUUUGUAGAUCGGAGUAAUAAUCCAUCUGAAAGGAGAUCCCAUAAAGUAGCAAAGAUCCAACCCUCCUGGAAACCUUCUGGUUUACAUCGUGGUCUUUCAAAGGCAUUUUGGCCCCAUUGGGUAUACCGCAUGUAUGAUUCCUAUAGUCUUGCUCAGAGGGCAGCAGAUAUGUGGAAACAAAUUGUGGGAGCACCAGCUAUGGACGAUUUUGUCAAGAAACCCGAUCUUCUUUCUUUUCAUAUAGCCAGUAAAAUUCCUGUUUCAGAGUCAACAAGGCAGGAGCUUCUGGAGAUUGAUGGAACUUCAUAUCGCUUGCGCCGUGAAAUUAAUUUACUCGAGUGUUUCGAUCGCAUCCGAUGCAAAAAUUGUCAGACUCUGAUUGCGAGACGAAGUGAUAUGCUGGUGAUGUCUACUGAUGGUCCUCUCGGUGCUUACGUGAAUCCUCAUGGAUAUGUUCACGAAAUAAUGACCUUGUACAAAGCGAACGGGCUAGUCCGCAAAGGGCGUCCGGCCACAGAAUACAGCUGGUUUCCCGGAUAUGCAUGGACAAUCAUCAAUUGCGCCACCUGCGAAACUCAAAUGGGUUGGCUUUUUACCGCAACGAAUGAGAAGUUGAAACCAAGGAUGUUUUGGGGGAUACGGAGUUCCCAAGUCGCUGACGACAUGCAGGCGUCAUAAAGUUGCGUAAUGCCAGUAAAUUCUUGAUACCUCUCCGAGAGCCAUGAAGUGGUUUUAUCAUGUAUAGAGCGCACAGUCAAGUAGUAUAGUACUCUGUUUAGUGUGAGUUAUCCCCUCUUACUUGUUAUUUUUGGUUUCUUUCUCUUUGUUUUGUUUUGCGAUUGCUGCUUCGGGUUUUAAAGAGGUUCUUGCUAAUGAAAUCGCUAGACAGUAUAUAAAAUUACGGCGUUCGUACUUGUGAAUUAUUUUGGAACCUUGGAAACUCCCUGUUGAUUGUGAAUAGUCAGUCGGGGCAUAGAUAAGAAGAAGAGAAAGUUGAGCUAAGUAUGAGAUGACACAGGCAUAUUAGGAGAACUCUGGACCGUACGAGCAGGAGGAACCCGUCUCGAUGCAAACUGAAAGUCCAAGCCUUCUCCCAUGCCUAGGUGGCAUCCCUUGUCAGGUCCUUUGUAAUAUCACUAGAUUAAUUUAACCGUGUGAUGCACGAUCUGAAGUUUUUAUACAAUAUUUUUUUUCU